GCGAUCCGAGGCUGUCUAGUGCUGGCGUGGGCUGUAUGGGGCGGCGGCGGAGCCGGGUGGAAGGGGCUGCCCGGGCCCUGCCUGAGGCUGUCGCCGCGCUGAGUCGGUCCCUGCCAGCUGGGCCCAGCCCCGAAAUCUUCCGCCGCGCAAAGUUCGACCGACCAGAGGCGGCUCCAGUGCUCUGGCAGCUUCUCUUGCGCGUGCUCUCACCGGUUGCUGCAAACAAUACCUGGACCGACCUCGCCCCAGAGGCCCAAGCCUGUGUGGUGAAGUCAGCACUGGGCUCCCAAGGCUACCCCAGGUCUGUGCUGCUACAAUUUCCGGACGGCAGUUCCCAGGGAAGCCGGGAACUGCUGCUGGCCCUGUCCUGGCUCCUGGCCCGAGGACCCUUGCUUGAGCAGCUGCUUGCCCAGACCCGUGUGCAGCUGGGUGACCAGUUGCCCCACUGUGAGGCCCCAACCAGUCCUGGUCCUCCUGCACCCUCUUUGGAAACAACGAGUCCUGUGGAUCUCCGACUAGUGGAGUGGCUGAUGGGAAAGCUGCGGUUUAGGUGGCGAUGCCUGAUCUCAAGUCAGCAGGAGCAGUGUACCCUCCUCAGCAAGAUCCACCUGUACACCCAGGGAUGCCACAGCCAACAGAGCCUUGGCCAUCUUUCUGUUGCUGAAACAGAGAUGCUUAGAGAUCCAGCGAGCAGUCAGCAGCUUAUGCAAGCAUUGGAGAGUGAGAACAUUCGCCUGGAGGCAGCUCUGGAGUGGCGGCGCUGUGAGCUGGUCUUCUGGCAGUGGAUGGAUACAGUUUUGGAUGCCUGUUCACCAGAGACUCCUGCUGUGACCUCACAGCCGAUGACGGUCCUGCCCGCGAUCUCUGAAGGUGGGCUUGGUGAGCUGGAGUCUGUAAAACAAGAGUUGCAGGCCCUGCAGGAGGAGCUACGGGAAGUGACUGAGCCCCGGCGGGCUGCGUGGGAAGCCCGGGUUGGAGGCCUAGGUCACGGGCCAGAGUGGAGCAAUUCAAGGAAGGCCCUGCAGGAGGUUGUUGAGCAAGAGUUGGCAGCCCUGCAGGGGUCCUGGGAGCAAUCCAGUACCCCUGCCCAGCUACAAAGACCCCAUCGACUGGUGAGAAGUAAAGCUGGGGCACCAAGACCCCAAGGCCUACCGGCAGCUGAGAUGAUCAGGACACUGAGUGCCAAGGAGGCCUGUCUGAAGAAGGCGUUGCACCAACUACAGCGUCAGUGUCAGCAGGAGCUAGCCAGGCUGGCUGGUGCUCUGCCUGGCUUGAUUUGGAUUCUGCCUCCUGGACCCUGAAGGCCCUAGGAUGUAGCCAUCUGUGUAGAGGUCUGGGUAGGAUCUCAGAGGAGCAGACUGCAGCUGGCAUGGAGCAGAGGCCCAGGCCUAUGUUCUCUCCAGGGCCAGAGCCCUUUUGCCUACAGUUUUGGUGUUACAACAGGCUGGUCUUCCUGAGAGGUUUGGAGGGAACCUAUAUAUAUACACGGUAGAGCUGUUCCUGGGACACCUGGCUGCUGCCCUCUUCCGCUGUCCCUUUAUCUUUCUCUUUUUGGCACGCUGGGGUGUGCGUAGCGUAUGGUUGGCACCGUGCUGUAAUCACAUAUGCCCCGAAGUACAGGAAGUACUGGGCCUCCCUAAGUGGAACAGCUCUGGUCAUUUUCCUGAACCUCUUUCUUAGACUCUGGCUCUAUGCCUCCUCCAGCAGAGCUUCCUCUGAUACUGGGCCACGGAUGUGCCUGAUGUGUGUGUGGAUGGGAGCCUGGGGGCUCUGCCUGGGAGAAUGGAGGGGAGGAAGCUGCAGUGCAGACAGAAGGCCUUUGUUCUGAAGGCUGCUGGGCAAGCUCUGCCCUCACAAAGCAGCCUGUGUCCAGGAUGUGCAUACAGCCUGGUAGGAUGGCUCUGUCCUAACACGGUCUUCUUCCAGCCCGCAGGCUCACGCAGGUUUCAUGGUCUCUAGCUCCUGACACUGACUAGACACUGGACAGUCGGUAGGACCCACCUGGCAACCUCUAGUCUCUUGCUCAUUCAGGCCAGAGGCCACUUUGUGACUCUGGGAGCCUUGAACACUAGGACAUUCCAUGGGGCUUUCCUGCUUGCCUGGUGGUGUGUGCUAGAGUGACAGCGCAUGUCUGGGGUACAGUGGCCUCUGGCCCUGAGUCAGGGCACAUGCCGAUUUGUUCCAGUGACUGUUCCUAGCCCACUUUGGAUGACCAAUGUCUAAUAGGUCCUUCCUGACUUAUGUGGACACAGCUCCUCGAGUCUCUGGAUCUUCCUGCCUGCCGCUGGGCCUCUGCUGGACCUCCUGGCCUUCAGCCCCUGUUCUUGCUUGCGAACGCUUGUUCAGCUCUUCUUGUUGCUUGCACCUGUGGGUUCCUGCUGGCCCAGGGCAUGUGGGAACCUGACUGUCUGGCUCCUCAUGACUGUGAUUUGGACUAUGGACAAGUCUACAAGUCUCCUUAAAGCUCCCUGUCUCUGAAAACCGCCCCUGCUCUAGGACUUCCAGUGCUCCUAUGCGACUCCACCAAGCCCACAGCAGAUUCAGUGCUACGGGCUGUCACGUCUCCAUUUGCUCUGCAGAUUCCCGUCAGAAUCAACCUCUCUCUCUCUCUCUCUCUCUCUCUCUCUCUCUCUCUCUCUCUCUCUCUCUCUCUCUCUCUCUCUCUCUCUCUCUCUCUGUGUGUGUGUGUGUUCCUUAGUGUGGGACACAAGGGUCUGAGGCCAUGUAAAGGCAAGAGCCUGUACUGUAGGGGCUUGACCGUGGGGCUCAUCGUUGGUCAAGUUGUCACCUGGGGGAGAACCUCAGAACUAGCUUUUCCAUACACAGGGCUUGGAAUAGCCUACAUUUGUGGUCUCGGUGCUCUGUGUCCUCAACUCCCAUGCUUGGGAGCCACACAGUCAAGUAGGAAUAAAAUCUAGUGUCAGUUGGCUACAA